AUGACGGAUAGUAUUUGGCUGCGUGACUUAUUGGUCUCUGUCCGCUUGGAAAACUACUUUCUCAAGUUCAAGGAUGCGGAUAUCACUCUUCCGGAACAUUUCGACCAUGUAACUCCAAAUUUCUUGAGCUCGAUUGGAUUAUCUGAACCUGCUCAAAGACGGCUUCUUGCAGCGGUGAAAAAAGAAAAGAAACGGAAUAAGAAACAUCUGAAACAGUAUGGAAAGAAUCUACCAACACUGAAUUACCACAGCAACUCUGUUAAAACCAUCGACCAGAGAGGCGCCUUGAUUAACCCAUCCUCCUUAGCGGAAGGAAAGAAACUCGGAGAUGGAACUUUUGGAAUCGUCGUCGAGGGCGUAUGGACUUCCCCAGGCGGCAAAAUCGAUGUCGCUAUUAAAACGCUCAAGCUCGGCGAUGAAGCGGACAAGAACGCAAUUUACGACUUUUUCGAAGAAAUCAGUGUCAUGGCGGAGCUGGACCAUCGUUAUCUCCUCCCUCUUUACGGAAUCGUCCUUUCCCAACCGCUGAAGAUGGUGAUGAAACUCGCGCCAGGAGGAUCUCUCCAAACCCGACUGAGAAAGCAGCGUGAUUUCAGCGUCCUCCGAUUGUGUGAGUUUUCCGUUCAAAUUGCAAAAGGCAUGGAUUAUUUGGCCUCAAAGAAGUUUGUCCAUCGCGAUCUUGCGUUGCGCAACAUUUUGAUUUACAACCAAAAUGAAGUCAAGGUCGGCGAUUUUGGAUUAAUGAGAAGAGUGAAUGAAAACGGGGAAUAUCUUAUGUCGGAAGAUCGCAAAAUCCCAAUCGCUUGGAGCUCCCUUGAAUCGCUGACGAAGAGAACGUUUUCGGAGAAAUCCGAUGUCUGGUCCUUUGGAGUGACUGUAUGGGAAAUGUUCAACUACGGUCUCUCCCCUUGGUCUGGCGUAAAGGCGGUCGAAAUUGUCCGAAAACUGAAAAUUGGCGAGCGACUCGCCGAGCCAGGAAAAAUCACUAGUGAUUUUUGGGUGGUUGCUCAGAAAUGCUGGUUGAGCGAUGCGCGACUACGGCCUAGUUUCAGCGAUCUUUACAAGAUUCUGAGCGAGCUAAUGCCAAAAGAAGCAGAAGUAAACGCUCAAUGCAGCGAUCCUAAUCGAUUGAAGGUCAACGCUGGUGAUACUGUUCACAUUAUCAAGACUCGCGAAGGAAUCGCUCUUGCUCAGAAUUCUUCGAGCCUCGCCAUCGGUCCUAUUUCUAUGACGCUCCUGGGACCAGUUGGGACCAAAGGGAGCAAAGCAGGAUCCUUGGGGCGAGCGCGAGUCAGCAAAAGCGACAUUUCAGCGCCAGUCCCGGACAGUUUCAUCCAUGCAGCUCACGGAGAUGGAAAGGGAGGAACAUCGUGGGGCAAAGCGGAUCAAAUUGACCCGAGCAUAUUGGAGAAUCCGAUUGUUCCAAAGAAAACUGUCUCCAAACGGCGGCCACCACCAAGGCCCGUUAGUGGCCCAGUUUCGGUAAAACAACCCGAGCCGAAUCAAAAUCAAGUGAAUCCUACGGCGCAGGGGAUGGAUCUUCUCGGCUCUCUCUCCGAGGAGCUAGCGGAAAGACCUGUUUAUAAAGAACAACCAACUCCGAAAGCGCCACCGAAAUCAUUCCAGGAUAUGCAUAGAGAAAUAGGAAGGCAAAUCAGAGCAUCAAGCAAUAAAGUAGCUCCUCAGCCUGAAAUCACCAGGACCUACGAUUCAUUCGAAUCUUCGUCUGACGAUGAAAACAAGCAACCUCGAAUUUACUCUUCAGAGAGGGUCGACAGUUUUGAAUCUGAUGCCUCUUUCUAUAGAGGAUCGAGUAUCGACGUAACGAGAAGUGGCAGCAGAAUGGCGCAAAAUCAAAAUUACUACAAUGAGGUUUAUUCAUCGCAAAACCUCACAGAAACCAACUCAAGAGAAAGCGCAAGCAACUAUAACGAAGUCUACCAAGUAACUCCAGAAACGGACGAAGAUAGUGACGAAAUGGAUGCGCUUGGAAAAGAGCUAGAAUUGAUCAACAGAGCAUCAAACUUGACCAUUACCGAUGGAGGGCAAAUGACACGAGAUAUUUUCAACCACAAUCCAGAGUUUCUGCAGAAUGGUAAUCAAAAUAUCGUUGGAAGCAACCACUUUCCUGUUGAUUUCUCAUUGUCAUUCCCAACUGCUGAUUCAGCAUUAGUUCCCAUUCAAAAGCCUGAUUCAUCGAAUCACUUUCCUGUGUCCUUUCCAGUGUUGACCCCUUCCAUUCGACCCCUCAAUCCCAUCACUGAAAAUCGAUCGAUCACGCCUCAACCGAUACGACCUUCAUAUCCCGCAAUAGCAGAAAGAAGUAAAACUCCGGAGCCUCAGUCUCCCACAAAACAGCCAAACUGGUUGAAUUCAGAUACGAAUCCCUUCGCGCCAAAGUAUUCUCCCAGAAACGAGGAAAAAUCAAUGAAGCCAGAAAUAAACCUCGAGGAUGCGUUUAGCUGGUUCAAUAAAAAGAACACAAAGCCUGAUUCUGAGCCAGUUACAAUACCAGUCGAAGAAGUACGAAAAGAGAGUCCUGGAGAAACAAUCAACGAAGAAUCGUCUCCACUGAAACUUCCGUUAGAGAUCGUAAAAACAAAGAAUCCACAAAAUGUCAGAAAUGACAAUUUAACUCGUGAUUGGGUUGAUUUCUCCUCGCCAACGCAAGAUAAAGUCCCAAGCUUUCCACCACCAGAGACAGAGUCAAGGGAAGAAAUCUCCGAAGAAAAAAUCAUUCCUUCAAAGCCGCCACGAAAUUUCCCUGUCAAAAAUAAUCAAGAAACAAACUCAACUAUCAUUUCACCGAGAGAAGCAACGCUGGAGAGAAAAGCUCAAUCAAGCAUGAACACUUUUCCAUCUCAUCGCCUCGACCUUGAAAACCAAGAAAAGCGAUCGUCGCUUCCAAAAAGAGCCAACUCAAUGAUCAGCCCACAGAAAACAGCUCAAGUAAUUCCACCCUCCCGUCAGACAUCAAUAGGAAUUCCCAAUCAAAAAGCCAAAGAAAAUGAGAAAUCCAUCAAUAACGACAUGUCGAAACUAGCAUUUAUGUCAGCCUCUGAUGCAGUUAGUGCAUUAAGACAGAAAUACCAGCCAGUUUCCGCCUUCGCAACUUCCGAAGUGAAAGAAAACUCACAACCGAAGAGCAUUCCCGAAAGGGAGGAAGAAAGGGAUAUCUUUGCUAGAGGACGAAAGCGAGAAUCAAUCACUGAGCAAAAAGCGAUGAGGCUGAAAAUCGACAGUGUUGCAGCAAAGUGCCCAUUUACCAGCGAAGCUGCUAUCAAACAAGCCCUAGAACGGACAAAUAUGGACACCCUUAAGGGGGCAAUUAAACAAUUAAAGACUCAACGACUAUAUCAAGUCUUUCCCGAAAACAUCUGCCAAAAAGCACUUCAGCGAGCAAACUUCGAUCCGGAUUAUGCUCUUAAAAUUCUUCAAAAACAUGCAUAG